AUGGCAUUAUUUAGCUUAGUGCUGAUUCCCUUUGUGAUCAGCACUGACAUUGCUUCUGCUUGCCAGAAUACAGAUGACUUUGUGGGUGCCAGUUCUCCAGGAGACAUUGUUAUAGGAGGUUUGUUUGCAGUUCACAGUGAAAUGCUGCAUCCAGAAGAGCAUCCCAUCAAGCCAGUCAUUCAGAACUGUGCUGGCUUUGAAAUUCAAAUUUUUCUUCAGACUCUUGCAAUGAUACAUGCUAUUGAAAUGAUCAACAAUUCAACAUUAUUAUCUGGAGUUACUCUGGGCUAUGAAAUCUAUGAUACCUGUGCAGAAGUUACAAAAGCCAUGGCAUCUGCUCUGAGGUUCCUGUCCAAAUCCAAUACUUCUAAGGAUAUUGUAGAGUUCAAGUGUAACUAUUCAGACUAUGUACCAAGAAUUAAGGCAGUCACCGGAGCCAGCUACUCUGAGGUGUCAAUGGCAGUUUCAAGGCUAUUGGCUUUGCAACUAAUCCCACAGGUCAGUCCUGCAUCAUCAGCUGAAAUCCUCAGUGACAAAAUCCGUUUUCCUUCUUUCUUGAGGACUAUCCCCAGUGAUUUCCAUCAGACAAGAGCAAUGGCCCACCUGAUCUGUGAGUCUGGGUGGAACUGGAUUGGAGUAAUAGCCACAGAUGAUGACAACGGGCGCUUUGCCCUGGAGAGCUUUGGGGUCCAGGCCAUGGCUAACAGUGUUUGCAUAGCUUUUAAAGAAAUGCUGCCUGCCUAUCUCUCUGAUAACACCUUUCACACAAAAGUUGAUCGUGCAAUCGAGAAGAUUGUCAAGGAAACCAGAGUAAAUGUUAUUGUAGUCUUUAUGAGACAAUUCCAUGUGCUCAAACUAUUUAAGAAGGCAAUCGAGAGAAAUGUUAAAAAGAUUUGGAUUGCAAGUGAUAACUGGUCAACUGCAGUGAAAAUCAGUACAAUGCCCAAUAUCAGAAAGCUGGGAACUGUUGUGGGAUUUGGAUUUAAAAACAAGGACAUAUCCACAUUCCAAGACUUUCUGAGAAAUCUUCAUGAAAGGCCCACUGAAAACAACAAGUUUUUACACGAAUAUAUUAUGCUCCUGUCAGUCUGCGCACACCUGGAUAACUACGAUUUUCAAAUGUGCAUUUUGAGCCAAUCCCAGUAUGACCUGAUGCAAAAUGUUGAGAAUAAACAUCAGAUCUGGAGAGAUGAUUUUUUGAAUGCCAACAUUGAACCGGGAUUUAUCCAUAGUACUAUACUUGCAGUCUAUGCCAUUGCCCAUGCCAUUAAAGGGCAGUGCAAAGACAGAAACUGCAAGGAUCCCUCUGCUUUCACUCCCUGGGAGCUCCUUGAAGAACUUAAAAAAGUUACAAUCAUUGAUGAUGAUAAAGAAAUCAAGUUUGACUCCAAAGGUGAUAUGAGCGCUGGAUAUGAUGUUCUUCUUUGGAAAGAAGUUGAUGGCCAUGUGGAAAUCACCACUAUGGCAGAAUAUGACCCAGAAAACGGUUGCUUCAUCUUUGAGGAUGAGGAGAAAAAAAGAGAAUUUCUGAAUCUAAAGAAGGUUCCGUCAACAUGCUCCCAGCACUGCAGACCAGGACAGAUGAAAAAGGUUACAGAAAGUCCACACACAUGCUGCUAUGAGUGCGUUUACUGCCCUGAAAACCAUUACAGCAAUCGAACAGAUAUGGAUUAUUGCUACCAGUGUCACAACAAAACCUACUGGGCACCUGUGAACAGCACUAUGUGCUACAGAAAGACGAUCCACUUCCUCGGCUGGACGGACUGGUUCGCUAUUUUCCUGCUCCUCCUCUCUGCCUUUGGGGUUGUGCUCAUUUUGUCCAUCAGUGCAAUAUUCACUAAAAACUUGAGCACACCAGUUGUAAAGGCAUCUGGAGGUUUAACUGUCUGCUACAUUAUCCUCCUCAGCCACUUCUUCGUUUUUUUAAGCACUGUGUUCUUCAUAGGUGAACCCACAGAAUUCAAGUGUAGAACUAGGCAAGCCCUCUUCGGCAUAAGUUUUGCACUCUGCAUUUCAUGUAUUUUAAUAAAAUCACUAAAAAUUUUACUAGCCUUCAGCUUUGAUCCCAAGCUGCAGAAUUUCUUGAAAUGUGCCUAUAAACCUAUAACCAUUGUAUUCAUCUGCACUGGGAUUCAGGUUAUCAUUUGCACCUUCUGGCUAAUAUUUAGGACGCCUUUCGUAAAGCAAAAUUUCUCUAUUCCAAGAGCCAUAAUUCUGGAGUGUAAUGAGGGCUCUGUUGUGGCUUUUGGGAUUAUGCUGGGCUACAUAGCUGCUCUAGCCUUCAUCUGCUUCAUAUGUGCCUUUAAAGGCAGGAAGUUACCAGAGAACUACAACGAAGCUAAGUUCAUAACCUUUGGCAUGCUAAUUUACUUUAUAGCAUGGAUAGUAUUUAUCCCUGUCUAUGUAACUACGUUUGGCAAAUACCUUCCAGCAGUGGAGAUCAUUGUUAUAUUAAUAUCCAAUUAUGGGAUUCUCUGUUGCACUUUUUUUCCUAAGUGCUAUGUCAUAAUUUACAAGCAAGAAACAAAUACAAAGUCCGCCUUCCUCAAGAUGAUUUACACGUACUCUUCCAAGAGCGUGGGCAGCAUUGCUGUCAGCCAGAUUUCCUUGGACUCGAAGUCUUCCAGCUCCCGAAUCACUGCCUCAGACUCAUGUAAUGCUGAGAAAAGCUCUGUGAAUGGAAACUGCCAUUUUCAAGUGCCUGGGCAGACGCCAGUAAAAGAGAAACUUGUUUCUGAAAGUGCAGCAAGGACUCUGUCCAGGAAAAGGCUGUCCAGCAUUUGACUGGGCAUUUUUGAAGAACUAGAAGAGGAAAAGCCAUUUUAGUGAGACAUUUCUCCUUCAGGUCUCUCU